AUGGCGUGCCGCCGGUGGAUCUCUUGUGCCGGGAAGCGGAGGAGGGAGCCGCGGUGCGAGCGUAUUCCUUUGAAAGAUGUGAGAAAUAUAUUUGGAUUGGGGAAGCACAAAGCAGAAGUAAUCAUCUCGUCAUAUAGAAAGGGGCUUGCAAAAUCCUUUAAUAUUGAUUUCGCUGCAGCUCCUAGGAAAGCACUGUUCCUCCAAAAUCUCUGCGAUGAGUUACAGUUUGAUCCUGAGCUUACUAGCAAGAUGCAUGAAGAACCGACAGACAAGAUUAUAUCUUCCGCCAGCCGCACUGGAAGCAGAGUCAUCGGUCAUCAGGUUGUUGCUUGCGCAAUCAAGCCUGCACUGAUUAUUCUUCAACAAUAUAGGCAAAUCAUUCACAAUCAAUCAAUGUGCAGUGGCGUCAGCCGUGUUCUCAAUGAGGACGAAGACUUCUUGAUCGUGUACUCAUCUAAAAGCUCAAAGGGAACGUUGUUUCCUGUACGAUCAAUGCUUGUCUUCUUCAUUGCACUAUUUGGUUUGUAUGCCUGCUACUUCUCCUUCACUCAAAUAGCCUUAGAAAAUGAAGAAGAAAUGAACGGAGCAGAAGAACGAACAAACGUUCUAUGCAAAAGACCUUCAGAAAUUCCAUAUGAUCAGAUGCAGUAUGUGCACUUUCCAAGACCUAUGAGUUACGACAGGGGAGAAUGCGCAUGUACCCCGGUCCGUUUCCUCGUCAUUAUAUCUAUGCAAAGAUCAGGCAGUGGGUGGUUUGAGACUCUGCUCAACAGCCACCCCAAUGUGAGCUCAAAUGGUGAAAUCUUCUCGGUGAGGGAGCGCAGAGAGGAUAUUGCGUCGAUCUUGUGGACUCUUGACAAGCUGUAUGAUUUGGAUUGGCGCACCAGCGCAGCAAAAAAUGAAUGCACGGCUGCAUUUGGAUUGAAGUGGAUGCUAAAUCAGGGUCUUAUGGAUUAUCCAGAUGAGAUUGUGGAUUAUUUGAUCAAAAAGGGUGUGAUGGUGAUAUUUCUCUUCAGGAGGAAUACAUUAAGGAGGCUCGUCUCUGUGUUAGCGAACGACCAUGACAAAAAGGAGAAGCAGUUGAACGGCACCCACAAAGCGCAUGUGCACUCACAAGAGGAGGCUGAGAUCCUAGCGAGGUUCAAACCGGAGGUGGACGUGUCAUCUCUGAUCCCAAGCAUGAGAAGCGCGGAGCAGUCCAUGGACGCCUGCCUGCGCCGCUUCCGCGCCACGCGCCACAUGAUCCUCUACUACGAGGACUUAAUCCGCGACAACAAUGCGCUGUCUCGGGUGCAGGAGUUCCUGGGGCUCCCGGUGAGGAGGCUGUCCAGCAGGCACGUCAAGAUCCACACCAGCCCACUCCCGGACCUGGUGGACAACUGGGAGGACGUGAGACGCACGCUCAAGCCCACGGAGUUUGCUCGUUUCCUUGACGGCUGA